UAUAUUUUUAAAGAGCUGAUAUCAGUAUAACAGAAAAUUCAGCAUAUUACACACCCCAGCUUUGCUCACUAAUGUGAAGAUAUGCCCAGGCUUUCAUAGCUAAGACGUUAGAGGAAACACCACAAGGGACCCAGCUGGGAGCUCUGUUGGAAGUUAAAAAACAAUCAUUCAACUUUGCAAAACAUCUGAUGCUCAGCCAUCUGUCUUUGGCAGUACAGGGGCUUAAGGUCUUGUUUGGUUCCUUCUGACACCUCGGAAGGCGAAGUUACAGAGGAGAAGCAACAAGUUGUAGCAAGUUAACUUAAGUCUCCGACGCUGGAGGCACCUGCAUUUCUAGGUACUUCAAUUCAGGCCAAACUGUUGUCAGCUCUAGUUUAGGAGGGACCGCCAGCUCGGGAUUCCUAUUGGAGCCACCUAUGUGUCUACCCAUCUUAAGAGAACACUUGGGCGGGCCGGGACGUGCUCGGAGUAGGUGACUUGAACACCGGACAGUUUCGCUUCCAGAAGCUGACAAAACGCUCCUGCUCCGGAGUUACUUGUUAAAGCGUUGGGAUAGGCGGGCACUCUUCGCCCAUCGGGGAAUUCCCACUGUGGGAAGGAGGCUCAGAACCGGUACAGAGCGCUGUCAUCGCCAGAGAGCUGCGAGUCCCUGCCUUCUCUCCAGGCUCUCCAAGGCAUUCCGAGGCUCCACCCCUGGCAACGCCACGAUGACGUCUGCGCGUCGGAGGCCGCCAUAGGUGCGACUCGGGGCCCAGGAGGACGUGUGGCGCGUGGACUGCAUCAGGUCCAGCUCAGUGGGACCCUAGCAGGCGCUUCGGGGCAAGGUUCUAUGCAUCUGUUUUCUCCUUCUGCUUAUUUUCCCCCUCCGGAAAGAAUGGGACAUGCCUGUGUCUAGAAAACAAGAAGAUGCGCGCCAGCAAGCCUAAGUUAACCACAGCGCGGAAGUUAUGCCCAAGGCAAGAAGGUGCCGGGCACCUUUAAGCUGUUUGUAAGCUCACGUGACUCACCAAGUGCGGGCCCCAGUGGUCACGUGACGGCGCGCGCGCCCUCGCGCAGGGAGAGCGGGCGGUGCGCGCGUCUUCGCCGCUGCCUCCUGCCCACCCCCUCGACGGGAGGGUGAGGCGCGGCGCAGGCGGCCGGGGUCCUGUGCGCGUGCGCAGCGAACAGCUGUCACCUAGUGCGGAACAAGUCUUCCGAAUUUCCCAAAUCUCCCUGGGCCGGAGGCCAGUGUCUUCUUCUCAUCCUCCUCCUCCGGGUCCUGCUCUCCUCCCUACCCGCGCGCCAGAACUCACCGAGCCAUCAUGGAGGUGGCUGAGACGGAAAGUCCUCUGAACCCCAGCUGUAAGAUAAUGACCUUCAGACCCUCCAUGGAGGAGUUCCGGGAGUUCAACAAAUACCUUGCAUACAUGGAGUCUAAAGGAGCCCAUCGAGCAGGUCUUGCAAAGGUGAUUCCUCCUAAGGAGUGGAAGCCAAGACAGUGCUAUGAUGACAUUGAUAAUUUGCUCAUUCCAGCACCAAUUCAGCAGAUGGUCACAGGGCAGUCAGGACUGUUCACUCAGUACAACAUCCAGAAAAAAGCGAUGACCGUAAAGGAGUUCAGGCAGCUGGCCAACAGUGGCAAGUGAGUAGAAUCAGUUUGCUAUUUCUGUUUCCUUCAAAUAUUUAUGUAAAUAUGUUAAGAAACAAAGUAGACAGAGCUGUUUAUCAUGAAAAGCAGGAGUCUCCCAUGCAGUGUCUUUCAACCUUCAUUUAACCAUUUCUGUCUUCUGUUCUUUAGGUGGUUGCCUGAACAUUUAGCUUAGUGUAAAGAAAGAAAUUGUUCUUCAUUUUAUUAUCUCAUUUAUAGUGGCUAUAAAUGGAACUUCUUACCUUAUAGUUGCCAUGAGUUUUUGAUUCUACAUAUGAUUCAUAUCUGUUGGGUAAUUUUUUUGGUGUGUGUUUGACAACAUUUAAUCCUUAAAUGAUUUUAGAAGAUCAGUACUUUUAAAAGCAAACCUUGAGUGACUGGAAAGGCCACCAUUGCAUUAGUUAUUUAUUUCUGUGUAACGAAUUAUCCCAAAUCUUAGCUGCUUAAACCAACCCAUAAUUUCUGAAGGUCAGGCAUCUGAGAGUGGCUUAGCUAGGUGGUUCUGCCUCAGGGUCUUGUGAGGUUGCCAUUAGGUUGUUGGCUGGGCUACAGUCAUCUGAGCAUUUAACUGUAAUUAGAAGGUUCUCUUACAAGAGUGCUCCCCUUACAUGGCUUUUGAUGAGGUCCUCAGUUCCUUUUCAGAUGGACUGCCCCUCAUGUCAUGGCAGCUGGCUUCUCCCAGAGCAAGAGAUCUGAGAGCGAUAGCAAGAAGGAAACCACAUGUCUUUUCAUGACC